UAGAGCAGCAGUUGGCGGCUCGUGAUUUUUGCAUUUGCAGAAGCCUGAGUGCUAGUGAGAAGAGACGAACAAAAUGUCUUCUAAGGUUGCUGUUGUAACUGGUAGCAAUUCUGGAGUUGGUCUUGCCAUCGUCCGAGCUUUCUGCAAGCAUUUUGGUGAGAAUGGAGCUGUAUAUUUGACGGCAAGGAACGAGGAGCGAGGAAUGCAGGCCAUAGAAGUCUUGAAGAAGGAAGGCCUUAAUCCUAGAUUCCAUCUCCUUGACGUGGACGAUGUUAGUAGUAUGGAGAUGCUUCGAGAUGAUAUCAGGACUGAACAUGGGGGCUUGGACAUCCUGGUCAACAAUGCAGGAAUUGCCUAUAAGGGUAACCCUCCAAUGUUUGAGCAAGCUGUCGGAUCUAUCAAGACCAACUACCACGGUGUCCGUCUAAUGACUGAUACGUUCCUGCCGAUCAUCAGGGAUGGUGGCAGGAUCACACAUGUUGCUAGCAUGGGGGCUCCCAUGGCCUACUACAGGUUGAGCGUAGAACUUCAGGAACGAUUCAAGCAAGUCUCAACUGUACAGGACGUGACGAACCUUAUGAAUGAAUUCAUUGAGGCUACCAAGAUUGGAGACCAUGUCCAGAAGGGUUGGCCAGAUUGGGCCUAUGGGACCAGCAAACUUGGAGUAGUAGCCCUCACCAAAAUACAGGGUGAAAACGUUAGCAAGGAUUCAAGCAAAAAGGAUGUCCUCAUUAACUCUUGCUGCCCUGGUUACGUUGCUACCGGCAUGACGGCUCAUCAUACGGGUGAAAAGGCAAAGCAUAGGCUCACUCCAGAUCAGGGGGCAGAUACCCCAGUCUACCUGUCCCUCCUACCAGCCGGCACCACCAACAUUCAAGGAAAGUUUCUGUAUAAGAGAGAGAUUAAAGAUUUCUUCACAGUUGAUAUCAGACCAAUUACAUUGAUAUAAUUUGUUAAUUCAGUGUCACAUUCACGAUCCAACUACUCUUUUAAUAUUAGAAGAACUCAUGUGAUUUGAAAACUGUUAUACAACCUUUAUUCUUUAUUGUCCUAUAAUAUUUUGAUUUUAAUAUGUUUAAUUGUAACUUUGAUGGGAAUGAUAAUCAUGAACACUGUGAUGAUAAAGAUGAUGAUGUUGAUGAUGAUUAUGAUGAUGAUGGUGAUGAUGAUGAUGAGGACAAGGAGGAGGAGGAGGAUGAAUAUUAUGAUGAUGAAGAUGAUGAUGGAAUUAUCAUUCUUCGUAUUAGAAGUAGUAACACUGGUAUAAUUAUUGAAUUGCUAUUAUGUCUUUCAUAUUAUAGGGGCUAUAUUGUAUAAUUUAUGAGCUCUAAGUAUAUGCGGGUUCUUCCAACACAGAACAAGAACAGAUGGAGAGGUAGAUGUUACCGGUUUAAAGUUCUGUGCUCAACUGCCUGAACUAGGCAGGGUCUAUUUUAUUCUCAAUUUCUUCUUUUGGCCUUCUUUGCACAAGGUACUAGAUUUCAAUACAUAUUCAAAUUAACUUGAAGAUGACAAUAAUAAAGUAAUGCAUAUCAUGGAUGAGAACCAA